CCUAGCUAAGUAGCUAUGAUGGCGGUGGCCGGUGAGAGUGUUGUAGAUACUACGAUGAUGAAUGAAAUGAACACAUCAGCUUCCAUCGUCGUCCAAAGACACAGUUCCAAGCGUUGAAUUCAACCCUAACCAGGUGGCAAGUGGCCGGCACCUCUACCUGGUCGGUGAUGACCACUACAUCCCCGCGCCUUGUUUCCUCGUAAAAUAAAUAUCUUCCAAUCUCGCUCUCAAACUUAAUGCCUUUCAUACUCACUCCACUCCACUUCAAUCCAAUCCAAUCCAAUAUAUAUGCAGUUUGCAUCACAAAAUAUCUUUCCAUUUAUGGCGCAUAUAUGUGCCGAGGAAGGAAGGUAUGUGUAUAUAUGUUACAUUACUUUGAAUGUUUGCUUCCAAUUAUAGGUUUUAGUUGGAUUGGAUAACAUAACGAAACGCACAUACAUGCUUUCCAUUUUCCAUGUCAUUAACCUUAUAAGCAUUUUGACACGUGAAAAUUCUUCAACAAAAGAUCAGAGGGAGCAUUAUCUCUGUUGUUGAGAAUUUGAACACAAAAGGAGCCGUUUUUCGUUUCUAGAAACAUACAUGAAAAUCCUAUGAUGUGUAUAGUGGUUCACCAUCUCCUUGAAAGCGAUUGCCUCAGAGACAUGUUAUAAAGUCUACUUUCCUAUGCAUGCAAUCCAGAACCAUUCCUUGCUACUACCAUAGUAUAGCAUGCAACACUGCUAUAACUAACUUCAGCAGAUGAGUUCAUAGCUUAGUGGUUAAAUUUCCUGCUGCUUCUCAUUUGAGUCUGAGGUCGUGUGCUAGCUAGAUGGCUGAUCCAAGCCAUGGUGGAAAUCCGGCCACCGAUUUCACAACUAGUAGGGAGGAAAAUCCAGCUCCCUUUGAUGAGAGUGAUUUCUCUGCUGCAGCCCUAAAGUACAUAGAUGAAAUGCUGAUGGAAGAAGACAUCGAUGAAGAGUACAACAUGUUCCAACAUUCCUCGGCUCUCCUAGCAGCUGAGAAAUCACUUUAUGAUGCCAUUGGCCAGAGGUAUCCUUCUUCUGCCUCUACUUUGUGGUCUUCAACUUCUUCUAUCCAGCAUCAUAAUUACUACCCCAAUGUGGAGAGCCCUGGGGAUAGUUAUAGCAGUACUAGUUCUGGCAGCACUUGUGGCACCACCAAUACUAGCAGCUCUGCUGACUACUUCUGGAGCGGUUUUGAUCUUUCUAUGAUUCCAUUGAUGCCAAACACUUUACCUUUUCCUGAUACCUUUAAUUUUCAGUCCAAUCCAUCCUCCACCACCCCCCAAUCUAACCACAGAAGCGACUUCACUGCCACAAACAAUAGUAGUGGAUUAGGACAGGUGGUGAUUAAGACUGAAGAAGUCGAUUAUGAUUUCGAGGAAGAGGAAGAGGAAGAGGAAGAGGUCCAAUUUCUUGCUGAGUCCAUAGGAAGCAGUAGCAAGCAAUCAGCAUUGUACAUGGAUGACACUGAGCUAUCCGAAUUUUUUGAUAAGGUACUUAUUGGAGCUGGAUUGGGAAGAGGGUCAUCCCAAGCUGAUGAAGGCAUUCCCAAAGAUUCUCGCGGUAAGAAGAGCCGUGCAAGGAAAAGAAAUGACAAAAAUGACGACGAAGUUAUUGAUCUGAGGUCAUUGUUGAUGCAAUGUGCACAAGCAGUUUCUUCUGAUAACCGUCCAAUGGCAAAAGAGUUAUUGAUGCAGAUUAAGCUGCAUUCUUCUCCAACAGGUGAUGCAACUCAGAGAUUGUCCCAUUGCUUUGUAAAUGCUCUCGAAGCACGCAUGGCAGGGACAGGUACACACAUUCAUAGUGCCUUAUCCACAAAAAGGCCCUCUGCUUCUGAUAUGGUCAAGGCCUACAAAAUGUUUACAUUAGCUUGUCCAUUUGACAAGUUUGGAAUCAGGUUCUCAGUCAACUCAAUUGGCGAUUUGGCCAUGGAAGGUGUCCAAACUCUUCACAUUGUCGAAUUUGGCAUCCGCUAUGGCUUCAAGUGGCCUGGACUUAUGUAUCGCCUAUCCAGACUCCCCAGUGGGCCUCCGAAGCUUCGCAUAACCGGGAUAGAGUAUCCACUGCCUGGUUUGAAGCUUGAGCAAACAGGGCAAUGCUUAGCAAGGUAUUGCGAGCGAUUCAACAUCCCUUUCGAGUUCAAUGCUAUUGUUGCAAAGAAAUGGGAGAGAAUCAAAGUUGAGGAUCUCAAGAUAAGGGAGAAUGAGUUUGUAGCUGUGAAUUGCAUGUUUAGAUUUGAGAAUCUGCAUGAUGAGACAGUUGUGUUGGAGAAUCCUAGAGAUUCUGUUUUGGAGUUAAUAAGGAAAGCUAAUCCGAACAUAUUUGUACAUGGCAUUAUAAAUGGUAACUAUGAUGCUGCAUUCUUCGUGACAAGGUUUAAGGAGGCAAUGUUUCAUUACUCAGCAAUGUUUGACAUGCUUGAUAACACUGUUGCCCGUGAUGAUCCUAUAAGGUUGAUGUAUGAGGAAGCUAUAUUUGGGAAGGAAGUGAUGAAUGUUGUGGCUUGUGAAGGGAAUGAGAGGAUUGAGAGACCACACAAUUACAAGAAAUGGCAGGUAAGGAACACAAGAGCAGGGUUCAGGCAGCUUUCAUUGGAUGAACAAAUGAUUGAGAAGUUUAAGGAUAUGUUGAGAAAUGAAGGUUAUCAUAGAGAUUUCAUGCUUCAUGCUGAUGGCAAAUGGCUUCUACAAGGUUGGAAGGGCAGAAUCCUAUAUGCUUCUUCUUGUUGGGUACCAGCAUAGGCCUUCACAGCAAGGUUUUGUAGGCGCACAGAUAAAAAAUUAUUUGUGUUAGGCCUUAAGUAGCAUGAUCAUCGGCAAUAAGUAUAUUCUGUCUCCCGACGGCUAGUGUUUAGGAGAAAAAAAA